AUGUGUGCGCACACCGUCGCGUCUACGCUGGUGACCAAUUGGGUCGCGCGCUUCGGAGUGCCAGACAUCAUCACCACGGACCAAGGGCGGCAGUUCGAGUCCGAAUUGAUGCGCGCGCUCCAUUCUACCUUCGGGAUUCAACACGUCCAAACCUCACCGUAUCAUGCACAGGCUAAUGGGUUAGUGGAACGUUUACACAGGACACUCAAGGCGGCGCUUACCGCGCAAGAAUCGCCACAAUGGUCCCAACGUCUGCCCAUCGUCCUCCUGGCACUUCGCAACACCAUCAAGCCAGACACCGGCUCUACACCUGCCGAACUGGUUUACGGGACGGCCCUACGGCUCCCCGGCGAGCUUUUUGACGACGCGCCCGCGGAGGUAAGGUCUCCGGAAUUCGUCACGGCACUUAAGACAUCCAUAGCUGAACUUCGGCCGUCGCCGGGAUCCAACCACGACCCAACCCGUCGCAUCUUUGUACCCACGCAGCUCAACACCGUUAGCCACGUCUUCAUCCGCGUCGACGCGCAACGUGCCCCCUUACGGCCACGCUACGAGGGGCCCAACGCUGUACUGGACCGACGGGAGAAAGACUUCAGGCUGCAGUUGGAAAAUCGAACGUCGUGGGUGUCCAUAGAUCGGCUCAAACCAGCUUUCGUCCUACGCGACGACCCGGUCAUAGAUCACUCUUACGCUAUGCAGUCCGUAGCCAAAAUUCUUUCAAGGCAUCUUCGCCUAUGCCGGGAGGCAUGCUGCUGCGCAUGUCACGAAGUAGUUGCGAAGGUCGGCGGUCGCCCAAGCCUCCAGGCUUAA